AUGGAUUUUCCAACUGGAGAGCGGAAAUCUCGUGAGGUAGAAAACAGGCAUCUCAACCAAUUCAUAGCUCACGCAGCUCUUGACAUUGUUGAUGAGCAGUCUCUCACUAGUAGCCACAUGUACUUGAAGCUGGUCGACAAAUUCAAUGAGUGGUUCGUAUCUGCCUUUGUUUCUGCCGGUCGCAUUCGAUUUCUCAUGCUCCACACGCAACGCUGCGAUGAGGGUAUACGUCAAUUUUUCCAAGAAAUGUACGAAACAUACAUUAAAUACUCGAUGAACCCUUUCUACAUCAUCAACUCUGCCAUAAGAUCUUCUGCAUUUGAGCAGAAAGCGGCUUUGUAUGGUCGGAAGUAUCUAGUCUGA